AUGGCUGUUAAAAAUUUGCAUACACUCAUGAUUAGACGAAACGUCAUAUCCUCUCCUGGACCUUGCACUUUGAACUCUUGCAAGGGAGACGCCGUAGCCUGCAAACCCUUGGCGAAUUCGACUCACACCUGCAUCUGCACCCACGAUUCGCAGCCACCAUUUGCUGAUGGCAGUUGCCCUAGAAAGGUAGUGGCAAGUGGCAAUAGUGCAUCGGAUGUUGAUGAAAGUUCAAACAGAAUUCCAGUUCAACCAAUAGCAUCACACGAAAAUCACAUUCCUUUUACAUCAACAUCAAAAGCACCUUAUACAUUAGCGGAAAAUAAAUCAACAAUUUUCCCUUCCGAAUAUAACAUACAGACAUACGUUAUUCCAGUUGCAGCGUCUUUAGUCGGAUGUCUGAUUUUAGUAUUUUUAACUUUUUGUAUAUGGAGGAAACUUAAAAAGAGGGGCGAAGAGGCAUCUCCCAUUAGUCUGAAGCACAGCUUUUUAGUACCAGAGAGAUACGCUCCAAAUCCUCAAUAUUCAGCAUGCUCAGCGACAGGAGUGCCAAUACUGAAAAAGGAAACGCUGUCAUUUCUUAAAGAAGUGGGAGAAGGAUGCUUUGGAAAAGUGUUUAAAGGAGAACUACUUUGUGAAGAUGAUCAAAUUAAAAUUGUGGCUAUAAAAGUUCUCAAAGAUACUGCCAACAAAGAAGCCGAAGAGGACUUUUUAAGGGAGGUUGAAAUAAUGAGCGCAUUUAGACAUCCCAAUAUUCUUUCUUUACUUGGAGUGGUUCCGAAAGAUGACAGCAUAAAUCCGAUGAUGGUCUUCGAGUUCAUGCCACACGGUGACCUAGCCAAACUUCUCCGAUCCCAACAAUGUAGUGAACAGGAAAAAGAUCUGCCACAACUAACAAAAACCGAUCUUCUUAUCGUAGCUCUUCAGAUAGGACUUGGAAUGAAAUACUUGGCGUCACAGCGUUUCGUCCACAGAGAUUUGGCUUGCAGGAAUUGCUUGGUGGCAGAAGGACCAGUGGUGAAAAUUGCAGAUUUCGGAAUGAGCAGAGACGUGUACACUUGUGAUUAUUAUAAGAUUGGUGGAUCUAGACUUUUACCAGUCCGUUGGAUGUCUCCAGAAAGUGUAGUUUACGGUCGGUUUACCUUAGAAUCAGACAUAUGGUCAUAUGGAGUAGUUCUGUGGGAGAUUUUCAGUUUCGGAAAACAGCCAUAUUAUGGCCACAGCAACGAAGAAGUCGUCAAACUUAUUUUAGAUGGAAUAAUGUUAAUACCGCCAGAGGAUUGCCCUUCCUACAUAUGCGAACUUAUGAAGAACUGUUGGAAAACUGAACCCAGACAUAGAAUAACAUUUCCCAGCAUAUGCGAGAAGUUAGAAGAAGCCUUUGAAAAUCAAAGAAAACCAACUUUAUUUAACGAAAACGAAACGAAAAAAAUGAAAAUUGGUAGCAAUAAGAGUCUUCCAAGGCCUCCUCCUUUGCCCGCUUUCACGCAGAUUGAUUUAUUAGAUGGACAAGGUUAUUUAUUACCAAAGGAAGUUAAAGAUCCUGUGACUUAUUUAGAGACUAGAUGCGACUGACCCAUAAAAAACGGAAGAGGUAAUUUGGUAGGAAAAAUAAUUGAGGAAACAUUUUUCUCAAAUCAUCGAUCUGUAAAGUCUAGUCAUAAUUAUGUAUAACUUUUAGUUUUAGAACAUAUUAUAUUUUUACAUGUUACAGCAAGAGUAUUUUCGUACUGUUUCUUAGAAAUAACGUAAUGUUGUUAUCACAUUUUUUAUUUGUCUCAGUUAGAUUUUAUGUAAAAAAACCUAUUAAAGAGUGUGUAAAAUAAUCCCAUCUAUAAUAAAAGAAUAGGUAUUGCAUAA